GUAUUCCUGAAAUCAAAACGUACGUUGGACUACGAAAAAAUAGGCGUUUAGUUCGAAUUUGUACCUUUUGUUCGGCCCUUUUUUGUUGGAAAGUUGUUCAAUAUCUUCAAGAUUAUGACCGAAAAAGUGACCGUCACCGUGAAAGAAGGCCGAGUACGUGGAUUUAAAGCCAAGACUCCUUACUCCGGUGCAGAAUAUUAUACUUUUCUUGGAAUACCUUACGCUCAAUCGACUGCUGGUUCGGCUCGUUACAAAGAUCCGGUAAAAGUGAAACCUUGGAGCAAUAUUCUCGAUGCAACGGUUCAAAAGGAAGGUUGUAUACAAUUCUCAUUACAGGAGAAAGAUAUACGUGGUUCAGAAGAUUGCUUAUACAACAACAUUUAUACACCUCAGCUACCAUCGAAGGGAAGUCCUUUAAAAGCUGUAAUGGUCAAUCUACACCCAGGAGGGUUCUUUCACGGUUCGCCAGAUCCUUGGCAUUACGGAGCUCCAGAAUUCAUCAUGCAUCAUGACGUCGUAUACGUCUGCGUUGGAUUUCGAUUACACGUACUUGGAUACUUAAACUUGCAUAUGAAGGUUUGUUCUGGAAACCAAGGUAUAAAAGACGUAAUUCUCAGUCUAAAAUGGAUCAAAGAGAAUAUCACUGCUUUCGGAGGCGAUCCAGAUAACAUAACUUUGAUGGGUAGCAGCAGUGGAUCAGCACUCGUACACUUCAUGCUGCUUUCUCCUUUGGCCAAGGUUUUAUUAGACGAUCACGUCAUGACCGCUUAUGAACUCGCCGAAAUGAUGGGUUACGAUGGUUUACGAGGCGAGAACAAGAAACUGCUCUCGUUUUACAGAACAUUAGAAUUCGAACAUUUCGCCAUGGCCAGACCCGAACAUUUUUUCAUCAAAACCACGUACCAAGUUUAUCCCACUUCGCCAUUCAUGGCUACUCCAGAACCUGGAGAAAAUUCUCCUUUGCCAAUAGCACCUCGAAAACUCAUCCCUUCAACGAAUCGUGUUCCAGUAAUAGUUGGAUUUUGUGAAAAAGAAGCUGCUAUGUCUCUCGCCUUGCUUCGAACGUUUAAAAAACCCAUAAACGAUAGUUUCUACAAAGCUAUUCGGCAGAAUCCUUGGGGAUGGGGAGCUGCAUUAAACGAUGAUGAACUAAAACUCGUGCAAAAAGAAGUAGAAGAUUUUUAUUUGGAUGGUAAACCAAUAGAGAACGCUUCGCAAUCAACGUUGUGUGACAUUAUAACGGACGCUGCAUUAUCCGACGUGUAUGAUACUUUGAUUAAUGUGAUCUCAGCAGAUCUACCUUCAUCAGUCUACGUCUAUAAUUUUCUAUACGAUGGUAAAUUAUGCACGAUGAAAGCGAAACUAGCAAAUCUUUUAGAAAAAGAGUUGAAAGGAGCAUUUCACGCUGCCGAUUACAGCUACUGGAAUUACGCCGAAGAAUUCGCCGGCAAAACCAUGACCAAUAUACAACCGAAAGAUCGAAUAACCAUAGACCGAAUGACGAGUCUAUUCACUUCAUUUGCUAAAACUACGAACCCAAACUACGAUGGAUUAGAAGUUGAUUGGAAACCAACAACCGAAGAUCACCCGAGUCAUUUAGUUAUCAACGAAAAUCUAGAAGUUAAGGACGAACUAAUGAACGGCGAACGAAUGGAAUUCUGGCAUCGAUUAAAAAACAAAUUCGCGAAUCAUAGUAAUCAUUUAUGAGAAAAUUUUUUUCCA